GACAACCUUACUCAACUGCGCCAUAGACUAUAGAAAGAAAGCCGUCAAUGUCAAAACUGACAUUCAAUGAUACCCGACCGCGCAAAUUACGGAUUUCGUAUCGAUUUUCACUGCCGUAAAUAUUACAACUUGAGCUGUUAUAGCAUUCCAAGUUCCUUUACUACCCUCGCCUCGAUGUCAACACAAUCGAAAACAAAAGCCAUGCCUCUAUUAGACUUGAAAAUGUACGUGCGAGUGGUAGCAGCGGUGUUCUCUAUUUCGUCUUCGACCGCGUUUGUGAUGGCUCUGCUUCGUUUAUUGAAGCCAGAAUUAUUCUAUUUGGAGCCACUAUUCAGUAGCGAUUUGGGAGUUCACUAUUUCAUCACCAGCCUAAUGAUUGUGACAAGCGCCAUAGGCUUCCUGAACAGCUGUAUCGUCAUGAACCGGAGCACAGCACUCAACACCGGUCGGAACAUUACGACGUGGUUGCUGCUGGAUUCACUGUUCGAGACCAGCCGGGUGGUGUAUGUUUUUGUGGCCGAGGUAGUACUGAAAGGGAAGGGUCCGAUACAGUUGUAUGAUUUGCUGAUCAGCGCUGCGCAAUAUUUGUUGGAUAGCUUCCUCUACUGCCAAAUGAUACUCAGACACUAGUGCACGCGGAAAAAUCGUAGUUUUAAAUUAUUUCAUAUAUAGCACUAUAUAGAUCCAAGAUUUAUAGCAUUUAGUCAAAAUCUUCCAAAGAAUAAUCUAGGCUAAACAUAGUUUGUUAUUUUCUCAAAAUUAUGAUCUUGAUAGUGUAAAAUAUGCAUUUUUCUAGAAGGAAGAUACUGGAUAUUGAAGAA